CGCGCGCGGAGGGGCGGGCCGGGGCGGUGCGCGGGGCGGGCGGGGGCGCGCGCGGCGCUGCCGCCUGCACGCGCCCUGCCUGCACGGAGCGCGGCGGCAGCGGUGGCGGCAGCAGCGGGAGCCACCGGCGCGCACGGCGAUGCCCGCUCUGCUCCCGCCGCUGGCCGCCCCCUGAAGACACCCCUCUCUAUUUCCCCCCCCCCUCCUCCUCCUUCUCCAGCGACCUCAGGCUCGUUUCCCCCCCCUUUUCCCCCUUCCCCCCCCUUCUAUUUCCCCUCUUUCCCCCCCCCCCCCUCCCUCCCCGCCUCUUUAUCCUCCGUCUUUGCCACCCUCCCGGUCGCCGUGUGGAUGCGGCCCGGGGUGCCUGGCUGCGCGGGUGGCGAGAGCAGAUGCUGAGGGGCCGGAGGAGGAUGGAGUGCACCCUCGAUGCGCAGAGUUUGAUCAGUAUUUCCCUGCGGAAGAUCCACAGCUCCCGCACGCAGCGAGGCGGCAUCAAGCUCCACAAGAACCUGCUCGUCUCCUAUGUGCUCCGCAACGCCCGGCAGCUCUACCUGAGCGAGCGCUACGCCGAGCUCUACCGCCGCCAGCAGCACUACCCCGACGGAGCCCCGCUCCUCGCCAUGCCCGCCUGCCCGCCGCCCGCCGCCGCCCCGCCGGAGCUGGCGGCUCUCCCGCUGCCCGCCGACACGCAGGACCGCGAAGCGCGGAGCUGCUCGGCGGCGCGGGGCGGUGCGGAGCUGUUGGAGGUGCCGGUGUGCGCGGCUCCCCCGGAGCUGCAGCGAGCGCCUUGCAGAGACUCGUCCCCGGGAUUCUACCGGGCCGCCGGUAGCGCCGGCCCCGGUGGUGGCGGCGGCGGCGGCGGCAGCGCGCCCCCGGGUCUGCUGUACCCCGCCGGCUGUGACUUCGGGAGCGGCGGGGCUCCGCACUGUAGCAGCCGCACCACGGUGCUGGAUUUGGACACUCACGUCGUGACCACGGUGGAGAACGGGUACUUGCACCAGGACUGCUGCUCGCAGUGCCCCUGCUGCUGCCAACCGGCACCGGGGCUCGCCUCCCCGCCGCCCACGCCGGGCACCAAGCGCAAGUAUUACCCGGGGCAGGAGGAGGAAGAGGAGGGGGUGGAGGAAGGGGAGCCGGGGGGAGGCGGGGUGGCGGGCGGCCCCCCCUUCGCCCCGUGCACCAAACGCGCCCGUUUCGAGGAGUACAGCGCCGAGCACCCCCAGGACUCUUCCAACAUCUCCAACUUGAUCUCCAUCUUCGGCUCCGGUUUCACGGGGCUGGUGAGCCGGCAGCAGGCGGACUCGGAGCAGCCCCUCAACGGGCAGCUGUGCAGCAAGCAGGCGCUGGCGAGCCUGGGAGCCUGGACUCGGGCCAUCGUCGCGUUUUAGAGAGGAGCGGGGAGCAAAAGAAGGGGAAAGGGGGGGGGCUGGUGGUUGCUAAAACGGGGGUGCGAUCCGAGGGACAGCGGCUCCGGGGAAAGGGGGGGGGCGGGGGGGACACCCUGAAACAAAGGCGGGGGGGGUGGUGGGGAGGUUGGGAUGAGGGGAGGGGGGGGUACCGAGGGGUGCGCAGGGGAGGUGGGAGGGCAGAGCCACGCUAGUGUUUUAUAAAUUGUACAAUAAAGAAAAAAAAAUCUAAGAUCUCGGGACUUUAUUUUUGCAGAGGUGAGAGAGAAAAAAAAAAACAAAAACAACAAAAAAAAAAUAAUAAGCAAACAAACGAAAACAAAACAAAACCAACAACGCAGCACCUAUUUAAAUAAUCCUCUUUGUGUCCGCUCGGGUUCUCUCGGCGGCGGGUUUCCCGGGGCCGGUGCUGGCGGCGGGGACCGCCACGUGAGAGCCGGGCCCCGGCGCACCGGCCCCGGGACCCCCGGCGGGGAACGGCCCCCGGCCCCCGGGCUGUCCCGGCGGGGACCCGCCGUUGGUGUUGGGGUGCGGGGUGGAGGGCGGGGGGGGAAGAAGUAGCCGCUGCCCGUUCGCUUUUGUGCGUUUCUUUGUAUAUUUAAAAGAGAAGAAAAAAAAAAAAAAAGGCAGAAAUGAAAACAUUUCAACUUUCCUCCCAGAAGAAACGCGAGCGGUGGGACUUCUUCCCACCGCUUGUGCCGGGGUAAGGCUGGAGGGUUACGAGAGCUGAAUUUUGGGGGGGUUAGGGGGUGGGUAGGGGUGAGGUGUGGGGGGGUAAAGCAGGGGCCGGGGGGUCCCUCCGGGCUGCUCCCCGCCGCGCCGGGGAGGGGGCGAGCCGCCCCCGGCAGCCCGGAGCCCCCGCCGCGGUGUGUGUUUGUGAUGCCGCAGGUAACCGUGUAACACUACUCACGUCUCCGCUGUGCUGUGUCGGGUCUCUUACUCUUUUUCUUUUUCUCUUCCCCCCCCCCCCCCCCCUUAAGUUCAACUGUUCUGGUUUCAGCCUUCCAAAUCAUAAAACCAGCAUUGUUUGGUCUUGUGAAGAGAUCUGUCGCCUGUAGAGUCUCUUGAUUAUUUUUUUCCCUAAUUUUUUCUUUUUUAAAGAAAAACCUUUUGUUGUAAAAAGGUGGGUUUUCUGGUCGUCCCCCCUCCUUGUUUGUUUGUUGUUUUGGGGGGUUUUUUUUGCAGCCUGCCCACUCCCAACUUCACGGUAUCAGCACUAUGUGUAACUGAGGAUGCUUUGCCAAACGGUCUGUUGGGGUCUUUUCUAUUUUUUUUUUUUCCUCCUUUUUCUUUGUUUGUAAGCCUGUAUUUUUGUGCAUAUGGAAUUGUAUAUCACCGGGUAAAACUGUUCAGAUUUGUUUAAAUUUAUAAUCUUAAUAAAAAGUCGAUUAUAAAGUUGCUGUGCUCUCGCUUUCCUUCACACCGCAGCCCGCGGAAGACCCUCUCCUGAGCCGCCCCUUCC